AAGGAGGGAGGGAGAGAGAGACGGAGAGGGAGGAGGGGAUCGGGGAGAUUACAGGAGCUCGGGUGGUGGUGUCAGCCAAGCUCAGCACUCAGUCGGAGGAUGGACACACAUUGCGAGCACACGGGUCCUGAUGCUGCAGAGAAGGGACGGCAUGCAAAAAAUGACAUCUCGUGAAAGACCUGAACAAGAGGACAGAAGGUGCCUAAGCCCAGAAAGGGAUUUUCAACCCGAACAAAACGAGGCUGCCGUUUCUGCUUACAUGGACAAUUCUCCUGUGUAAGGAUUCUUGAGAGUCAAGUCCUGUGGGAAAAACAAAUGCAAUGGCAGAGAGGAAUGGAACUAACAAAGCAUGCAGUGAGUGAAUGGGGAUCUUUUUUGGGUGAACAUUUGUGGAAGCUGUCUCUCUGAAUAUUUCAUCACUUAUUUUUUAAAACUCUGCAAGGGGGUUGUGUAACAGGAAAAGUUAGUCUUUGUUUUGUUUUAUUUUUUCUUUCUUUUAAUCCUUUGAGCAGUAACUGCUCAGAUAAUGGGAUGCAGCAAGCCAUCAUAUCUCUUGUUUAUAUAUAAGUCAUUUUCAGUAUGACUGCAUAUGAUUUCAGCUGGUCUAUGAAUGUGCAAAGUAAUGAUCAAACAGAGUGAAAAUGUUGUGAUAAGACAGAGGUCACUUUGUUUAAUUACAAUACCUGAAAAAGCAGAUAACAGGAGCUGUGUGUUUUUCAAAGACCCUCGUUUUGUGUGCAGUUUGUAAAUCUCUGUCGUCGAUCAUGGGCCUGAUGCUGUGUAUAGUAUUCAUCUUCCUCUUGGCUCAAGUCUCUGAGAGUACCUGUCCCGCUGGGUGCUUAUGCCCCUCUUACAUUGUGAGCUGUGGAGCCCUUGGUCUGGAAAAAUUGCCUCAUCCUGUUCCUGCCACCACCUGGACACUGGAUCUCAGCCACAACCGGCUGACCUGGCUCGGGGUGGGCAGUUUCUAUGGUCUGCCCAGGCUAGUCCGCCUGCACCUGGCCCACAACCUGAUCUCGCAGCUCAGCCCCGGCGCCUUCCAGAAUGCCAGCGCUCUGCGCCACCUGGACCUUUCGUCCAACAAGCUGCAGGUGGUGGGCCGCCACAACUUCCUGGAGCUAACGGGCCUGGAGGAGUUGCUGCUCUUCAACAACCGGAUCACGCGCGUGGAGAGCACCGCCCUGAUGGGCCUGAGUCACCUCCGCCGCCUCUACCUCAGCUUCAACCACAUCUCCGACUUCCCCUUCUUCUCCAUCCGCAAGCACACCCACCCGCAGCUGCUCAUGGUGGACCUGUCCUCCAACCACCUGGCCCGGCUGCCCGUGGAGGACAUCGCGCUGUGGCCGGCCUCGCAUCAGAGGGGCCUGUUUCUGUUCAACAACUCACUGCUGUGUGACUGCGCCGUGUACACUAUGUUCCGCCACUGGGAGCAGAAGGGCUUCGAGUCGGUGAGUGACUUCAAAGACGAGUACCGGUGCCUGCUCUACGGCGACCCGCGGGCAUCUGUGCGCUUCUUCCGUCAUGCCCGCUUCUUUGAGAACUGCACGGUGGGGCGGGCGCUGUCGCUGGUUGCACCCAAGGCCAACCUGGUGGUGUACGAGGGAGAGCUGGUGAGGCUGGACUGCACCAGUUCGGCCAGCAGUAGCGAGAACGUCUCCUUCUCCUGGACUUCACCGCACCCGGAGGGCAUCAGCCAGCUGCUCCUGAACGGCACCCUGCGCCUUAACCAGGACGGCAGCCUGGAGAUCCCCUACGCCAAGCUGGACGACGCGGGCGUCUACCAGUGUACGUCCAUGGACAGGGUCCAGAUGCUAAACGAGUCGCGGGAGGUGAAUGUCACCGUGGCGACACGGCAGGCCUCCGACGAGCCCUUCAACACGGGCUACACGACCCUGCUGGGCUGCGUGGUGACCCUGGUGCUGAUCCUCAUGUACCUCUACCUGACCCCGUGCAGAUGCAGCUGCUGCAGGUCUCCUGGCUCCCCGUCGCCUGGCGAAGGGUCCGGCUCCCGCGAGGAACACUGCACAUUGGCGUCCAUCUUUGGGGCCCCGUCCUCCCUGGUCGGUGGUGGCAGUGAGCAGCUGCCGCGGAAAGCCCCUCCUCCUCCGUCGUCGGCGUCAGCGAUGGACCGGCAUGUGGUGUUCCUGGAGCCAUUGCUGGAGGAGCAGAAUGGCCACCUGAAGGCCACCUUCACUCCGGAGCAGCUGGCCCAGUUCCAGUGGGAGACGGAGCGGCUGAACCCAGCCGUCGCCACCGAGCGCAAUGCGGCUCUGUAGCCAAGUCCACAGGGACAGCUGUCGGGGUCUCUCUAAGACUAAUGCAUCUUCUGGUUUGGAUUAAGACAGAAGACCAAACGCCUGACACUAGCAGCCACUCAGUGGAUCGCUACAGUGCAGCAUUGUCUGCAGGGACUGGAGACUGGCUCCUCCUGUAACUAAUGCGUCUUCUAAAUUGACAGGACACCUGAACAAUGUUUUUUGAGCCGUCCAAUGAAAGUAGGCCAGUUGUUGUCACCAUUUGAAAACAUUUAAGGAAUUACUGACCUUUUUGGAAAGGUACCAAAAUCAUGUGGUGCACUGACAAACCUUAAAGUUCUACACACUUUGUAAACAACAUGAAUGCUGCAUGUGGCGAUAUCCACUCAUCUAAAAAUAUUGAGACUCAUAUAUUUAUAUAUUGCAAAGACAAAGGAUGACAAUUGCAGCUCUUAAGGCCAACAUUAGACGGAUUAUGAGCAAAGAUUAAUUCAUUUGUAAAAUAUAAUUCAUGCCGUGACUGAAUCUGGGUACACAUUCUGAAAGUGUUCAUAGUCUUAUGUAAAGUAGUACUAAUCUGUAAAUAGUUUUGACCCCAUAAAAAAAUAAGAGUACUGUGAUUCAUUCAAUAAUACUACAUAAUAUAUGAGUUAUUAAAAAACAUAUUCUCACACAACCAUUUUGAUGGAUGAAAAGGAAUAAGCAGUUAUAUAACCUAUAAUGCAUCCAUUUUACAUCCUGACUGAAAUGAGCGGUGUAAGGUCUUACGCAAGCUUUUAGCUUAACAUGACAAAAGCUAUACCCAGUGGCAGUGUAUUUGGUGAAGUAUCAGUUCUGACACAGAGUUUAAACAAUGAGUUAAAUAGCUGAGUGGAGAAGGGUCUUGGUGAGAAGCUGUCUUCACUUAGAAUUACAUGAA